UAUUCUCAAACGACUGGAGAGUGAGAGCACCGCGCACGACGAAUGGGAAAACGGACUACAGUAUUCCUGAGGAGUUUGAGUUUUAAAAAAUGAGUAUACAGGACUAAACAGCACGGAAUUGAGAAGUAAUAUACAAGGUGAUACUUUGAAAGCUAAUAUUCCAUUUGAAAAUAGCCGGACAUAGGCUAUAGGCCAAGGCCCCACGGGCAGCGUACAUAAGAGGUGACGCAGCCAUGCAGCACUACGGAGUGAAUGGAUAUUCUCUCCACGCCAUGAACUCACUAAAUGCCAUGUACAAUCUUCACCAGCAGGCGGCGCAGCAUGCCCAGCACGCGCCCGACUACCGGCCGUCCGUGCACGCGCUCACGCUGGCAGAGAGACUGGCUGACAUAAUCCUCGAGGCCCGGUAUGGCUCCCAGCACAGGAAGCAGCGACGCAGUCGCACAGCCUUCACUGCCCAGCAGCUGGAGGCCCUGGAAAAGACCUUCCAGAAGACCCACUACCCAGACGUGGUGAUGCGCGAACGCCUGGCCAUGUGUACCAACUUACCAGAGGCCCGUGUGCAGGUGUGGUUCAAGAACCGCCGCGCCAAGUUCCGCAAGAAGCAGCGCAGCCUGCAGAAAGAGCAGCUCCAGAAACAGAAGGAGGCCAACAGAGAGGGAGGUGACGAGGAAAAGGUCAAGACCACCGACCCUUCCACCCAGACAUCUCCAUCUCCAUCCUCCCUCUCGGAGACCAUGCGGCCCCAGCCUGCGGAGAUGAGUGUGGAGGUGAACAUCACCUCCCCGGAGGCCUCGGACAGCGAGUCGGCUGCAGAGGACAACGGUGAGGGAGAUGAGGAGCUGAAGUGGGAGAGGCUGCAGGAUACUCAGCAGCAUCAGCAUCAGGGGGAGGUGCAGCAGGGGGGUGCAGGGCUGCAGCCGGGAGGAGGAUCUCCAUCCUGCAAACGCUUCAGCCCCACACCAGACUCUCCCUCCCUCCCCUCCUCUAGCGGUGGCGGUGGCAGCAGUGUGUCCCAAGGCUCCUACGCCUCGUCCCCCCUCAGCCUCUUCCGUCUGCAGGAGCAGUUCCGCCAGCACAUGGCUGCAACCAACAACGUGGUCCACUACCCCUCCUUCGACAUGGGUACCCCCUCCUCCCUGCCCUACCUGGGCAUGAACGUCAACAUGCCCUCCCCCCUGGGCUCUCUGCCCUGCCAAUCGUACUACCAGUCUCUGUCCCAGGCAUCCAUGUCCCAAGUGUCCAUGUCCCAGGCCCAGCAGGUGUGGAAUUGCCCCUUGACGAGUCUCCAGGCCCCUCCGAGCAGCCUACCCAGCCUCAACAGCAAGACCACCAGCAUCAAGAACCUGCGUCUGAGGGCCAAGCAGCACGCUGCCUCCCUGGGCCUGGACACGCUACCCAACUGACCCCCUGGACACGCUACCCAACUGACCCCCUGGACACGCUACCCAACUGACCCCCUGGACACGCUACCCAACUGACCCCCUGGACACGCUACCCAACUGACCCCCUGGACACGCUACCCAACUGACCCCCUGGACACGCUACCCAACUGACCCCCUGGACACGCUGCCCAACUGACCCCCACAGUCAGAUGUUAUGACCCUUUCUACAGACUGGACAUUAUAGACACUGCAUCAGUUCUGUACACUGGGACUGCAUGGGACUGGACAUUACAGAUACUGCAUCAGUUUUGUACAAUGGGACUGCAUGGGACUGGACAUUAGAUAAGAACCCUACCGGACUAUACUUAUUUGACACCCUUGCAGGUGAGAUACAUAGACCCAGUGCAAUCUCACUACUAUACUGAACAAAAAUAUAAAUGGAACAUGUAAAGUGUUGGUCCCAUGUUUCAUGAGUUCAAAUUAAAUAUCCCAGAAAUUUUCCAUA